AUGGAUCGCCCUGGCGCUGGGCCGCCGUAUGAGACCCCGCUCGUCUCAUCGCGGACUCUUCGAACGGCCGUGUCGUCCGUCGGAUCCUCGCGCCUGCCCUUGAGACACAACUCCGCGACCCCUUCGGAACCGCAGACGGUGGGGCGCAGUUCGCUCUUGAGGAGGCCGUCGUCGAGCGAUUUGGCGGGUAGCUACGGGAACGCGCCGGCCACCGUCUCUCGCCUCCCAAUGCGGCGUCCUUCCCUGAACGGCUCGCAGAUGGACCCGCCCCUCUCUGCACGGCCAGACUCGCGCAUCAGCUCGCUCAAGAGACGACCGAGUGCAGCCGAUUUGCAACAAGAGUCGGAGACGGCCUCCUUGAAACGCCAGCUCGCCCGCGCGCUGAGCCAAGUCGAGGAGUUCAAGCAUGCCGCUGAGCGGCAGAAGCUCGAAUCGGCGAUGGCUGCCGACAAGGCGCAGUCGCAGAUGAACGAGUACAGCGCGCGGAUCGAGAAGCUCGAGCGGCAUCGGGCCAUCUUGCUCGGCAAGGAGCGCGAGGCUGCGGAGCGGGAGCAGAGGCGGAAGGAGGACGAGAAUGGCGCCAAGGAGAAGCUCGAGAAGGAGGUGCGGAGCUUGCGGUCGCAGCUUGACUCGCUCAAGGACGAGCACAUCGACCUGCAAGAGUCGUUUACCGACCUCGAGCAUUCCGCGAAUCAGGCGGUCGCCCAGGCCAACCACCAUCAAGCGCGCACGACGGCAUUGCAGCAAGAACUCGAGCUCGUCCGGCAGGAAUCGGAGGAACGCUUGCAUUCGGUGACAGAGGAGAAGAAGCAGCGGCUAGCGCUUGAGGCGGAACUCGAGGGGGAGAAGAUGCGCGCGAAGGACUCGGGCGACUCGGCCGUCAUUCGCGAAGAGCUGCAUCGCCAAGUCUCGACCCUCCGCACCCUCGAGAAGGAGAACGGCAAACUCCAGCGCAAGGUCGAGACGUACGAGCGACAGCAUGCCAACAUCGAGCUGUUGAAGGAGACGAACCGAUCGCUCGAGCGAAAGGUCAAGGCGGCGGAAGAGCUACGACAACAACUCGCGGGACAGGCGGUCGAGCUCGAGCUGCUGCGGCGAGAGAAGGCGGACUGGUCCGCUUUCGUCAAGCCCGAAGACACCGACACCUUCUCCUCCCCUCGCAAGAUCACCAAGAACCUCGCCGCGACCCGUAUCGAGAACGCCACUCUCCGCGACCGCCUCAACACGCACGAGCUCGAGCUGCAGCGACGCGACCGCAUCAUUGGCCAGCUCGAGGCGAAGGCUGUCGAGCUCGAGAAGCAGCUCCAACAGGCCGCGAAGGAGCUGGACGCGGCAAAAGAGAAGGCAAGGGUGGACGGCGCACAGGUGGGGCUGUUGCGUCAAGAGGUGGCGAUGCUGAAGCGGCAUCUCGACAGCUACGCGACCGAGGAGGCCAACCACAAUGCCGGCAACUACGACGCCCAGAAGACCGCCAGGCUCGCCGAGCUGGAAGAGCUGCUUGAGGCGCACAAGCGCGAGGUCGCCAGCCUGACGCAGCAAGUCUCGCACUGGCGGGGCCUCGUCGAGCGAUACGGCGGGAAUACGACCGAAAUUCUCGAGCUAGAGGAGCGGGAGAAGCGGGAGGCCGCCUCGGAAGGGGCGGUCAGCAAGUCGCUCGAGGAGCAGUUGCGCUUGAACGAGGAACUUCAGCGAGAACUCGACGAGGCGCGGAACGAGCUGGCGCUAAUGGAGCAGGAGCUCGAGGCUCUGUCGACUCAGGUCGAGCAGCUCGAGGAGAACCAGGGCAUUCGCGGCGCCUACAACCCUGAGACGACCAAGGUUCUCGAGUUCCGCGACUCGCCCGACCGCGUCGAGCAUGCGAUCCGGACGGCGACUCUCGAGCGGCUGAAGAACGAGAACCAGGCGCUCUUGCGGCGACUCGGCGACAUAGAGCGGGGCGCACUUGCCCAGCAAGGUGCUGGGGUUCAGCAACUGGUGCCGAGGGAGUCGCUCGUCUCGGCGCAGGCCGAAGCCGACAAGCUCAAGGCGCUCGUCCAGCAAAAGGAGACGAUGCUCAAGCGGAUCGGUCAAGCCGUCGCCGAGAAGACGGAAGCGAUGCGUUUGGCUGUUCAGAAACUGCUCGGUUUCCAGCUGUCCUUCCUCGAGUCCGGCCGCAUCCGCGUCACCUCCGUCUACGCGCCAUCAAAGGACCGCUCGCUUGCGUUCGACCCCUGGCCCGGAGGACCCAUGCCCUUCAAGCUUGUCUCGGCGACGGACGAGAAGGUCAUGAGCAUCGACGAGGUCAGGCGGAGCAUCGGCUUCUGGCUCGACGGGCGUCAGUCGCUUCCAGGCUUCAUGGCGUCGCUCACGAUGGCGCUGUACGAAGAGACGACGCGUGGGCAGGCUGGAGGCGUGGUGUUCGGGUAG